AUGUUGAGUCCCAAGGCGGCCACAAAUGAAGCCUUAGUUCCCCACUCCGUGUUUGACAGCAUGUAUGAUAAUGUGAUGUUCCCCAUGCAAACACUCUACUGCCCACCCGUUCCCCCUUCAAUGUUGAUGGGUCGGUACAAACCACCACCGCGUCCAGGGCCAACUUACCGCAAUGACUUAUCCAUCGCAGGCGCAAGAGAACAUUGGGCACAGACACAAGUGGCACGUAUGUGGCGUGGUAUAUUAACACGUCGUCGUUUACGUAAUGAACGGAAUUAUUUUGAAGUACGUACAAGACGUGCUAUCAUGAUUCAAUGUUGGUGGCGACGUCUACGUGCUAUUUGGCGUCGACGGGCAUUACAAAAGAUAUUGGAUGAGUGGGUGGUCAAUCGACGUGAAACUAUGGUGGCAGAGAGAUUAAGAGACUAUGGUACGAUGAUGACAUGGCAGCGUAAACGCUUUGAAGACGCUGUGAUAAAAGUACAGCGUGUGUAUCGUUGGUAUCGCAGUAAUCGUAUAAAUCUCUUUGAGGAAGAAGGGACGAAGGAAAAGGAAAAGUUGCCAUUUCCACUUAAACGACGAAAGAAGGUGUACUUCCCAUGGCGACGACGUGCAACGCCUAAACAGGCCUUAUCUGAAGGUCUGCAAUCCACAAGUGAUUCAAGGUCCAUGCAUUCAAAGAGUCGUAAAUCAUCAUUGCAAUUUCGAAAACAUCGUCACUAUCCGCAACCACCAUCAGUUGAAGAGGCGAAAGUUAUUAAUGAUGCUAUGCGAGCACGUGAGGCGCAGCGGGAGGCCACACUCGCACAACCGGAAGUACAAGAUCGUAUGCAAUGGAAACGUGAUGGAUUACGUGAGAAUGAUUUUGAUCACAAUGCUGGUUUGAUUCAACGAUUUGUACGGUAUAAGUGGAAUGGUUUGGAAAAGGAAACGCGAAAGAUCACAACAGAUUACUUUAACGCUAAAGUCAGUACCAUUCAACGUGCUUUCCGUGUAUUCAAAACCCUUCGACUCAUUAAUCAACGAGCCGCCGGCAUGGAACGGCGUGCGAAUCUUAAGAAUGAAGCCUAUGCAAGAGCUAAACUGGCGGAAAUACGAGAAGAAGGCGCAUGGCAAAGUAAACUCCUCGACAGUGCGGCUCGCACUAUACAAAUGCACUGGGCCCAUUAUAUGUACAAAAAACAACAGUCGAAUCCCUUCCGAGAGGAGGAACCCACAGACACCAGCGAGGGAGAUGAUAUCACCAUCACCACUACGGAAGAAACUCCAUCCGUCAAGGCCGCCGCCGCGGAAGCCGCCGCAGAGGCAAAGAGGAAGGCAGCCGAAAAGGAGGCGAGAGCAGCAAUUCCACCGCCGUAUGGUUUGCUGAAGGAACACAUUGGACGAGAGCACGCCAUUCGCGAUGCGGGCCGCACAAAGAUGGAGAAGGAAAUGGAAGAAGCACAGAAGAAUAUUCGUCGCUCCAAACGACGAUAUGUGCCAACUGAGAUUAUUACUGUUAGCGGUGAGGGCCUCUAUCUUGAGGGUAAUGUGGAGAGAAAGAGUGACUCGGGGGAAAUGUAA